CUCAACUGUUCAGCGUCGUAAUCCAGUGCUGGUGCAGCAACAAAAAAAAAAAAAAACGAGUGCGAAUUUGGAUAUGCGAUCAUGGUUUGAUCUUUUGACGCGUCCCAUUGCUUACUGCCGUGGCACUAAAAAUAGCGACCGUGUGCGAACCGGCGACUCGUUAAAUGUCAAACCCUUUCCUCUGCCCAAGUUCAAAAUUAGUCUAGUAGCCACCGGCUGCUGUUGUGAGAGAGUGGAAAGGUGCGCGCGUGUGUGUUGAAGUUUGCAUGGAACGGUUGGUGUGGUAAGUUAAGAAUUUGGCUCCAUCCGUUGUGACCUUACGCGAAGGUAUAGAACCGGCUGUCAUCGAAAGCGGGUACGAUCGUUUAGGUUCUCAAAAGAAGCACACACACACACACAUAUACAUGCAAAUCGUUUUAUUUGUAGUUUGAAAGCUAGAGAGCAGAGCGCCAAUGGCCUCGCAAGAAGAUUCCGCCGUUAAUCCGGUGGGAAAGAUUCUGUCCGUGUGCUGGAAUGCUGGUGCACUGGCCGCAUCGUAUUAUGACAUCGAUCAGCUCGAACUGUACGCUGUCCAGCAGGCGAUCGAACCCCGUCCCCAGUACGUGCUGCUGCGCGACCUCGUGCAGCGCUACCGCCCCCUGUACUACGUCGUUACCGGUCCUGCCUGCUUCCUGGAAGAUUGCCGCGAGGUGCUGGGCAUCCCGGCAGCCGUUGCGAAUCAGCCCGCACCGUCCGAUUCGGUCGACCAAAGUGGAGGCAACGCUUCCCAGCCAUUGAACGUGAAGAUUGUGGAGUAUACGGCCCAGUCACAGGCCCAGGCUAGGGGUCGUCUGGUCGCCCACAAGCUUGCCGGCAUGCCACCGGAAUCGAGCGAGCGCGAGUGCCGCACGUUUCUCGAAAGCAUCGUUCCGUUCGAGCAGGAGCUGCUGGUGACCAGCGUCGGCAAUCUGCUGCUGCUGCUCGACACCGUCGGUGACACCCUGUCGCCGGCGCAGCUCGUCACGAGGAUCAAUCUCGUCACGCCCAGCACGCAGCUCGUCAUCGACGGGCUGACGUACGAGGCGCUGCAGAUAUUCGACGCCAGCCGGCACCCGUCCGGCUUCAAGUGCGGCACGGAUACGCGCGGCCUCUCCGUGUACAGCUUGUUCAACAAGUGCUCCUCGAAGAACGGGGAAGAGUGGCUCAGCCGGCUGAUGACGCAACCGAUCCGAGAUCGGGCGGAGUUGCAGCACCGGCACGACACCGUCCAGUGGCUGCUGGCGAACGUCCGGUACGCGAACCAGUUCGACCAGUGCCUGAAGCAUCUGACCAACGUUGGCCUACUGUAUCGGAAGCUGCUGCAAGGCAUGGCCCGCAACGUGGACUGGAAGAUGCUGAAGAAAAAUCUUUACUAUCUGUACAGCCUGUGCAAGCUGUGCGCGCUGACGCUCGAGGAUGCGCAGGUGGCCGGCACGGUUGUGCAGGAGCUGGGCCAGUACACACGCAACCCGACCAACGCACUCAAGCACGUGCUGUACACCAUCGACAAGUGUUUGGAUCUGGAGAAGGGGGACGAGGAGAACAAGGUCACGAUGCGGGCCGGGCUCGAUCCGGCCGUCGACCGGCUGCGCGAACAGUACGACGGUAUGCGCAAGGUCGUGCUGGAAUCAUCCCGGCUCGGGUUGGAAACGCUGCAGCUCGAUAUGGCCAACAUCUGCGUAACGUAUCUGCCAUCGUUCGGGUUCGUGAUCAGCACGCAGGUCGACGAGCAGCUGCAACGGUCCGGGAUCUUUCAGCACGAAUCGUUCGAUUUGGUGUUUCAGGCGGACAAUACCGCCUACUUCCAGAUAAGCCUGUGCAAGGAGCUGAACGACGAGUUCGGCCAAAUGGUAGCGUCUAUGAUCGAGCACGAGCUGGCGGUGCAGACGCGCCUAACCACCUUCGUCGGUACCAAGUUCCCGGAGGUGAUGGGCGUGUUCAAGCUGGCGGGCAAACUGGAUGCACUGCUAUCGUUUGCCACCGUCGCCAAGAUGCAUCGCUACGUGCGGCCUCUUGUUUGCGACGGUGCGAAGGUGCUGCAGAUACAGGGCGGCCGACAUGUGGUGCUGGAGCAUCGCCGAACGUACCGGGCGAAUGACACGUGCGUCGGCGAGACGAAUCACCACCUGGUGAACGUGAUUGCCGCCGACACCUCGGUGGGCAAGACGACCUACCUGAAGGAGGUGGCCAUCAUCUGCUAUCUGGCCCACGUGGGCUCGUAUGUGCCGGCGGCGUACGCCAAAAUCCCGCUGCUCGUUUCCAUCUACACGCGGCUCGACCACCCGGAAUCGAUCUUCAGCGGCCGAUCGUCCUUCAUGUCGGAGCUGUACCAGAUGGCGAGUUUGCUGCAGAACGCCACCGCCAGCUCGCUGGUGCUGAUCGAUGAGUUUGGCAAGGGGACCAACUAUCUCGAGGGGAAAUCGCUACUGAUCGCAUCGAUCGAACACUUGCUCAAGCGGGGCGACAGCGCACCGAUAACGUUCGUUACUACCAAGUUUACCGGCAUCGAGCGGUUUCUGCCCACCGUGCACCGGAACCUUCUGGUGCGGGUACACCGUACGCCGACCGACCGGCAAUCGCGUAGCAGCACCAGAACCAGUGACACGCUGGACGUGACCUCCGACGACCCGGCCGAUCCAACCGAACGGCUGAAGGCCACGUACCAGCUGGCGUUCCGUGCGGUCGCGUUUGCAGUGAUGAAAUACCACCAGGCGGCGGGUGGCCAGGCACCGGCCACGGAAAGCGUUCGAGCGCUGAUGGAAUCCACGCCAAUCACGCGCGUACCGGAACAGUGUCUAGAAAUUUCGCAUCCACCACCGUCACGUGCGGUGCAGUAGCAGCACAACAAGCACGCCAACGAUGACGUUACCGGUGAUGGAACAUAAUGGAAAAUCCUAUCGAAAAACGUAACAUUUAAAUGUUUAAACACCUUCUCCCCGUACCGAAGAGCCACCAGUGAUGAUGCACGCUUCCCCGGGAAGGUGUAGAUUUCUUUUCUUUUUUUUUUUUGACCCAACACCAAUUCCGUGAAAGGUUUGAAGCUGACCUUUUACCCGGGCAAUCGGACUGUCAGGUGUGGGGAAACUAAUUCAACAAUCGAUGCAAAAGGUUGUACGCAAUUGGUCGCAAGUAACGCCGCAAGUGUCCGAAUCGGGCGCUGGAUUUGGUGCCAGCGUGUGUCGCGUGGCCACGAUGAUAUGCCUUCCCACACACACACACACACACACACACACACACACACACAUAAUCAAUACGCGCGCUGUCGACCGAAAUGGCGCACUGAUUCUGUUUGUUUAUAAUUAAUGAUUUAUUGAUUUUCCACGUUUUCCGGUUGUUGUGCGGGGGAGAAGGUACGACUGUUGCGUGUUGCGGUGCUGGGUGGAAAUAAUAAUUUUCAGUAUGAAGUGCAGCGCAUGCAAUGACGGUCAGGGGAGCGGUGUAGCAUUUUUAUGCAAGUGCUUCAUAUAGUGCAAGGGUGGGUGGAAACCAUAGGCCAGAAAUUGUACUUUGAUUGAUACCACUCUUAAUCCACUUCCUUCCCACCGCUUCCACCCCCGCCCCGUCAAGUGCUUUUGUAUCUGGCAAGGUCACAUUCCCAUGACGGUGCGGUGAGGUCCGAUUUGUAUGUUCGAUGUGAAUGUGUUGAAAUAUGAAUUUUGUCAUACAUUAGCAAUGGUGUUCCGGUACGAUGUGUUUUUUGCUUCUCCCGCUGGAGCAUACUAACAAAAACUCUACGCUUAGUUAGAUAAAGUUAGUCAUAGUAUGUCAAAUAUGUAUUGUGCAGCAGGAAUUAUAUGCAUUUCCAAAUGUAGGACAGGUUAAAAGGUAGUGAAUAUUAUGAACAUUAUUUUAGAAGAAACAUUAGCAUUACACGUACAGAGUGUACGUCCCUUUUCUCCCUGCUGUCCAAGCGAUCAUUUAUUGAUAAACGGUGUGGGAAAUGUGAAUGACAACCCAUAAACAAAACCACUGCGACUGGCCAUCAUUACACCUUCAAUGUCGUCCCUAUUCCGGCGGAAGCUAAUUUUGUCAUGGACAAUAUAAAAAAACAACGUAAUAAUCGGAAUUUGGGCCCCCGGGCCAAGGUCCAACCGAGCUCAAUCCCAUCAAUCAUGCUUCUGACGUUCUCUUUUUAGACGCGCGAUCAUAACAUCCAGAACAAGAUCGUUGUGUUUUGACCCCAGGCGUCGGCGGCAGGUAUGUAGAGUAGCUACAGCAAUGCUACGCACUUUGGCUGAUUUCUAAGUCUCUCUCUCUCUCUCUCUCUCUUUCUCUCUCUCUCUCUCUCUCUCUCUCUCUCUCUCUCUCUCUCUCUCUCUCUCUUUCUCGACUUCCUCAUGGCAGGUUAACGAAGAAUGGUGCUGCGCAACGGUGACGGUGGUGGUGAUGCUGACGAAUCAAACAGCACGGGUAGAUCCACUGCACAGCUUCCGACAGCUUCCAAACACUCUGGCGGAAGAUUCGGAACACCGUACCGAAUGAAAAACAAAAGAAAAACCCAUAAUAAUGAUGAUGCGCGAUCGUGAUCGUGUGUGAAAGAUUAUCUGGCGGUGGUGUGUGCAAUUAAAAAAGCGUUAGCGACACAUUUUGUGCGCUCACCUUGACGGGGAACAGAUCCAUCACACGCACAUCAUUUCAAUUUUCGAGGCUUUUGGGGGAUCACUCAUCGUCCAUCGCCCACACCAAGGUGUUUACUUCCCAGCACCUCGUGCUUUGGAGUUGGGUAUGUGAAAUAUGUUAUGAUUUCCCAAACAAAUUACCACCCAUCAACAAAACCAUGCUCCAACGACUCUAACAAACCUAAGUACGAGCUAAUGGGAAAUGUCCACUAACGCGCACCUGGUUACUUAAGCCUUAAGCUCGAACGAGUGGACACCGAAUGUCGCUCACUUUCCCCCCUAACGCGCUAAUCGAAUGGAGCGGGCUGUGCAAAAUGGUGGUAAUGCGUCAUUUGCGCCUAACGAGUGAUGGCGGUAGAAGGCAGGUUGCGUUGCUCGAUCGCCGGAAGCAGGGAGGGUAGUGGGUGCGUAAGGCCAACGCUAUGGAAAGGGUGCUAAAAGUGGCGUACAGAUAUGACUCUUUCGCUGCCAAAGUAAAGAGUUGCCAGUGCACCUUACCCCACCACCCCAUCGUACAAAACGUUCCAGAGCAUUCGAGCAAAACCCACCCCUCAGUCACUGAGCCAGUGUUGGUGUGUGAGUCAUCGGUGUUUGGCGGAACUGUAAGCAAACGCGCCAAGAUCAUCUGUUUGUUGUGGGCAACAAAAAAACAGCAGAAAACAAAAACAAAAACAUCUCCCCAAACAAUAAUGCGAAGGGAGAGAGGUUUUGUCUGCCAACCCAACAUAUGCUCUCUAUGCUCGAGAUAUGAUACCUCUCUCUCUCCACCAACAUACAUAUGCAACCUUCUGUUUUUGCGCUCUCUCGUGUUGUUGUGGAACACGAUCUUCGCUUGGACGGGGGGUCGGUUUUUCCCAACCUUCGCCUCACGAUGAUCGCAGCAUUCCUAAGGGUAUCGUGUUCCGGUUUUUUGUUCCCGUGUAGCUGGUAGUGUAUCGGUGCGGUAGUAUUAGUCACACACCCCUAAAGCAUAGAGCACGGGCGCGCGCGCGCCCCUGUACCGGUGUGCGUGUCGCUAGUGUGUGCGCCGGCCGUCGCGCGACGCUGAGAGGCGGCCGGCCAUCGGAAUCGGUUCGUGGUCGCGUAUGGUUUGGCCGCCCGUCCAGUUCGCCGCUAGACACCGUGGGCGCGACACCGUUCCUUUUCCGGCGGUCGCUUGUGUUGGAGCAGCAGUGAGUGUGUAGUACCAUAUGACACGGUACACUGUACCAUACCCGCUGUUGGUACGCGCGCGCACAACCACCCUCCCGCUUUCUCCCUGCCGUGGCGUUUUCCCGCUUUCCCGGUGUUUUGGUUUCGGUGUUCCGUUUCGCGCCCCUGUGUGUGUGUGUGUUUGUGCUGGUUCUCCAGUGGUAAGCGGUAGUUGUAUGUACGCUAGCGGCCGCCCGAUGGUCGGUGAUUUUUGGUCGGUUCGUUCAUUCAUGCCGUAGGUCCACACUGUUGUGAGUGUGUGCCGUCGUCCUUCGCCGUUGUCGUCGUCGUUCGCGUUCCGCUCUGGGCUGUGGCAGCAAAUGCACGGUUAGUGUUCUGUUUAUUGUUUCUUAUUUGCUUCGUAAAAUCACAACCGGAUGGCCGACCAGCGUGCGUGGCCCUCGCUCCCGCCAGUGGUCCUAAACCGGUAACACGUUCCAAGCGCGCCUUUUUGUUUACGAUGACGCUGUGCUAAGGUGCAUUCCAGUGCGCUCGUGCAAGCAAAACAACAGCAAAAAAUCGUUCUCCGUGAUGUGAUUUUGUGGCCCACUGAGAAAGGUCGGCGAAAAGAGGGUGAAGAAAAAAAUCACUGUGUGUUGCAAUUAUUGCACUGUCAUUGGGAAGGAGCGGGGAAGGUGGUUGUUUGGGUGACCGUGCCAGUGAAUCCGUGUUUUAUUCCGUGUGUGUGUGUGUGUGUGUGUGGGCUUCUUGUGCACCCGCACCUGUCUCCCGUUCUGCCACACGUAUUUUAGUGGUGUUUGUGGUCGUGUUCGGGUUGCAACGGUUGUUCGUGGCGGAUUGGCCGGGGCCGCGUUCACCCCCCGUCCCCAUCCAACCACAGUGACAGCGGAUCCAUUAGCAUGUGUGGCUGUGUGUGUGUGUGUGCUUGUGUGUCAAGUGAUUUGGAGUGAAAUGCUUUCCCCGUAAAGUCGUUUGUCAUCAGCGCCGUUUGUGCAGGGAAAACGGAAAAUCAUAUCCACCAUUUUACCAUACCAACCGCGGAUUGAACGGUCGGUCGUGGCCGGGGGCGUGUGUGUGUGUGUGUCACUCUGGUGGGUGGAAAAUAAAUCGAAGCAAUAUCACCGUCCCUUCAUGGCGUUCUGUGCGGUCGACCGUGCGUUAACGGUGCCGACGAGCGGGAAUGAACCGGACGGAACCGGAACAAAAGGCCUCACCAACGCCGCAUUCCGCACGUGACGCUUCUGAUGGACGGGUGGUGUCCCGUGCCGCGCUCCGUGCCACCGUUCGAGCAUUGGCUUUGGGUGCCACCGAUAAAAUCGCGACCCCGGCACCAGGAUCGCGGCUGUCGUGCGCAUCCAGUCGUGUGUGGCGGCGUAUAGGGCGCGCGCAGAACGCGUGGUGUUCAGUGCUAAGUGAACAAGUAUGGCGAUCGCCAGCAGCAACUCCGUCACGUACAGAAACUGCAGGCGCGCAAAGCAAGAAAGCAAGAGCUACUAGUGCCACACCGCGUGAGUAAUGUGCUGCAAGAAAUCGUCCAUUUUCUAGUGUAUGUGUGUGUCUAUAAGUUACCAUAAAAGUGCUACUUAAGAUCAUCGACCAUCGAGUUCCUAGGCUGAGUGGAUUUUAGUCGCGCGUGUAUCGGGGUGGUACAGUUCAAACCCGCUCUUUAGCCGGCUAAAAUGAAGAGGAAAAAAGGCGCUACUGCAUCCCUUGCCAAAAAGUGUAUUGCCGCCUGUUUGUGGGGCAAACCGUGUGUGUGACCCUGAGUGAGUGACUGAGUGAUUUGCCCCCGUCCGUAUGUGUGUGUGUGUGCCUUUGGUGUUGCCAAGAUGCUGCCAGUUCGAACAUAAGUAACGGCCAAAUAUCGUUUAACGUGAAAAGAAGUGCAUGCGCCAUUAUCGUACCACCACCAAGUGCAAUUCAUCAACCUUUUUGGGGCCAAAGAAAGUUACGCAGCGCCGAAGCAACGCCGUCCAACAAUAAGUGUAGUGUCAGUGUGCACAGUUGUUGUUGUUUUUUUUAUACUAUAAUAUAAUAAGUAAGCUCAACGCGCG